CAUGGAUGUCAUAUCGAUAAUUGAAAAGAUUACAGAUCUUGUAGCUACAGCUUACAAAGCUUAUAAUAAUGUGAAAUACUUCAAAAAAUUCUCUACAGCAAUAUAUGAUAGAAUAGAAGCAGGAGCAAAUCGUUUAAAAUAUCUGAAAAGACAUCAGAAAAAAAUUAAAGAAAAAUUUAAUGAUGAAAAUUCUAUUGAUAACCUUCAACGUUACCUCAAGGCAGUAACUACUCUUACAAAAUUGCUUGAGAAUUUUGAAACAGUUGAAAACCUAAAUGUGCUAGUUGAAGAAGGAUUUAAUGAUGUAAUUCAGACAUUAGACUUAAUGAAAAAAAAUAUGGACAACAUAGGAAACAAUGUGGACAAUUUAGGAAACAAUAUGGAGUUUGUAAUGGAAAAGGUUGCAUGUAUUAGCAAAAAUAUGGAAGAGUUAAGCAAAAAUCAAUCUAAUUUUAAAAGUGAAUUUCCAGAUAAAGUUUUGGACAGUUGUAAAUUGACAGAUCCACCGCCAGGCGAGGAUAAUAUACGUGAAAUUUCUCAACAUAUCAGGAAGGGUCACCGAGAAUAUUUAAAUUUUGAGUCAGGUGAAAUUCAGAAAUGUUUUAAAAAUAUAAUUUCCACAGCUUGGCAUCAAAAACCUGAAUUACGUCUAAAUAUGCCAGAUAUUCUUAAACGAUUGGAAAAGUUAUAUAAAAAAAAUUAUUUUACAAAAAUAAAGCCACAUUGUGAGAAUAUAACUGAUAGCACAGAGGCUGACAAUGACCCAUCUUUAAUUCAAGAAUGUGUUAAUUACUUAGAAAAGGCCGCCAAUAAUGGAAAUUUACCUGCAUUGUUUAAUUUAGGUAAUUUUUAUUAUAAUGGUAAAUGGAAUAUACCACAAGAUAGAGAAAAAGGUAAAAACUAUUAUAAAAUGGCAGCUAUAAAAGGUCACGAUCAAUCAAUUAAAAAACUUGGAGAAUUAAAAAUAAAUUUAUUUGAUUAA